CCACUAUUAUCUUCCGGGUCGCCGCUGUCAGGAAAAAAAUGGCUUCUCUUGACAGGGUGAAAGUGUUAGUUUUAGGAGAUUCUGGAGUGGGCAAGUCUUCCUUGGUCCAUCUGCUAUGUCAGAAUCAGGUGUUAGGAAAUCCAUCGUGGACCGUCGGUUGCUCUGUGGAUGUACGGGUCCAAGACUAUAAGGAGGGAACCCCGGAAGAGAAAACGUACUACAUUGAACUCUGGGAUGUCGGAGGAUCCCUUGGCAGCGCCAGCAGUAUCAAAAGCACCAGAGCUGUCUUUUACAAUUCAGUUAAUGGAAUUAUGUUGGUACACGAUUUAACAAACAAGAAAUCGUCUCAGAAUCUCUACCGCUGGUCACUAGAAGCUUUAAACAAGGAUUCUUCUCCAACAGGAGUUAUCGUCUCAAAUGGGUUCUUUUCUCCCUCCAGUGACUAUGACAGAGAGCAGUUUGCUGAGAACUCGGUGCCUUUGUUGCUGAUUGGCACCAAGUUUGACCAGAUCCCAGAGACCAAACGCAAUGAGGUUCUCACACGGACGGCUUUCCUGUCUGAAGACUUCAAUGCAGAGGAGAUCAAUCUCGACUGCACCAACCCGAGAUACCUUGCUGCAGGAACAUCAAAUGCAGUGAAGCUUAGCCGGUUCUUUGACAAGGUAAUAGAGAAGAGAUAUUUCACAAGAGACCCAAGUCCGAUGACGGGCUUCACAGACAGAAAACGGUUCAACUUCAAAAGUUUGCACUAUGACUGACAACAGCUGUGGUCUGUGGUUUGAUUUGGCAGAAAUGCCUCUGUGCUUUAUCACCACGUAAAUCAUCACACUUUCUCCCUCCCAUCACCACCACUGCUAUUGUCACCUUUUUUAUCUGAUGUAAUAUUUGAUGAAUAAUACAUAUUUGAUUAGAUAAAAUAUUAUGAAUAAUUAAUAGAAUGAUAAAGAAACAUAUGUACAUAGUUGACAAAACUUCUACAGGAAUUUUGCGUAAGGGAGUUAAGCACAAAAAGGAAAAAAUAAGCUUUAUAGUAAGAUGAUGUAAAAGGCACAUGCUAUAUAUGUACAGUGAGAAUUUAUGUUAAAUCAACAAGUUUUUAAUUCCAUCUUUUUUUUCGUACACUCAGUUGUGAAGUGAUUGUAUUUUUCUUUUUCACAUGCAAAACAUUUACUUGUUCCAGCUUCAUGAAUUCUUGGCCCUUAGAAUAGUGGCUCAUGCAACAUUCCCCAAUCCCUUCAUCACUCUCUUAAUCCAGGGGAUAAAGACAUUGAUUUUAGUGAAGACAUGGGGAUAUUUGGGAUUAUUGCAAUCAUCUUUAGCAGUAAAAGCUGUUAUACCCUGAGGUUUAUUGUUGCAGAUAAGUGGUCCACCGGAAUCACCCUAAGAAAAAAACAACAGACAAAGAAAGAUUGCACUUGUUUUUGAUUAAUAAAAUAAAACAGUUUUUCCAUGUUUUCAGCAUUAUUGAUGUG